CACCCGCGAGCGCCGAGGCCCCGGCGCGCUCCUUCCCCGCCAGCCCGCGACAUUCCCCGCAGCUCUCCACGGGGACCCCGCCGAGCGGCCCGAGACUCCCGGGCCAGCCCGCGACCCUCGACAGCAGCGGGCGGCGGGGACGCCCCGGGAACGCAGGACGGCUGCGCCAUGACGGCCGAGAGCGGGCCGCCGCCGCCGCCGCCGCCGCCGCAGCCGCAGCAGCAGCAGCAGCCUGAGGCGCUGGCGUCCGUGAAGGAGGAGCGCGGGGAGGCGGCGGCGGCGGCGGCGGCGGGGGUCCCGGCUGAGGCGGCGGGGCGCGGCGCGGGCGGGCGGCGGCGCAAACGGCCCCUGCAGCGCGGGAAGCCGCCCUACAGCUACAUCGCGCUCAUCGCCAUGGCCAUCGCGCACGCGCCCGAGCGCCGCCUGACGCUGGGCGGCAUCUACAAGUUCAUCACCGAGCGCUUCCCCUUCUACCGCGACAACCCCAAGAAGUGGCAGAACAGCAUCCGACACAACCUCACGCUCAACGACUGCUUCCUCAAGAUCCCCCGAGAGGCCGGCCGCCCGGGCAAGGGCAACUACUGGGCCCUCGACCCCAACGCGGAGGACAUGUUCGAGAGCGGCAGCUUCCUGCGCCGCCGCAAGCGCUUCAAGCGCUCGGACCUGUCCACCUACCCGGCCUACAUGCACGACGCGGCGGCCGCCGCCGCUGCCGCCGCCGCCGCCGCCGCCGCCGCCGCCAUCUUCCCGGGCGCCGUGCCCGCCGCGCGCCCGCCGUACCCCGGCGCCGUCUAUGCGGGCUACGCCCCGCCCUCGCUCGCCGCGCCGCCGCCCGUUUACUACCCGGCCGCGUCGCCGGGCCCGUGCCGCGUGUUCGGCCUGGUGCCGGAGCGGCCGCUCAGCCCCGAACUGGGCCCCGCGCCGUCGGGGCCGGCCGGCUCUUGCGCCUUUGCGUCGGCGGGCGCCGCGGCCACGACCACCGGCUACCCGGCCGCCGGCUGCGCGGGGGCGCGAACGGCCACCCCGGCGGCCUACGCGGCGGCCUACGCGGGCCCGGACGGGGCGUACCCGCAAGGCGCGGGCGGCGCGCUCUUCGCAGCCGCGGGCCGCUUGGCCGGACCCACGUCGCCCCCGGCCGGCGGCGCCGGCGGCGUGGAGACCGCGGUGGACUUCUACGGGCGCUCGUCGCCCGGCCAGUUCGGGGCGCUGGGGGCCUGCUACAACCCGGGCGGGCAGCUCGGAGGGGGCAGCGGAGGUGCCUACCAUGCCCGGCACGCGGCCACCUAUCCUGGCGGGGCGGACCGGUUUGUAUCCGCCAUGUGA